ACAAACCGUGGGUUUAACAGGAGGGGUGAAAAGAGAAAAAACGCCCAGUCGCAGAUUGGACCUCAGUGAGAGAGUAGGACUGCCUGGAACUGAUUCACAUUCACUAUUACAGGAGAAAAGAAAGUACAUUCAACGCACUCUUACGCACGGAUUUCCACAGAAGCAGAGAAGCAGAAAAUCAUGGGAGGCAAGCUAAGCAAACGGAAGAAGGGAUACGAUGUCAGCGACCCUAAGGAGAAGAAAGAGGAGAGUGCUGUGGCAGCAGUUGAACCAGCUGAGAAAAAGGCAGAGACCCCUGUGACGGAAGCUGUACCUCAGGAGGCUGCUGCAGUAAGUGCAGCACCAGUGGUGGAGUCUGAAGCACCAGCUGAGAAGUCUGCCUCUCCUUCAGCAGCACAAGAAGAGGUGAAGAAGGAUGAUUCUGCACCAGAAAAACCAGUGGCUACAACAGAGGCAUCUACUGCUGCACCCAAGGAACCAGAAAGUGCUCCAGAGGAACCAACAGCUGUACCAGAGUCACAAGCAGCAGAGGUACCAGCAUCUGCAUCAGAGGUAACAGCUGCUACACAAGAGGCACCAGCAGCAGAGGUAUCAGCAGCGGCAUUAGAGACACCAGCAGCGGCACCAGAGGUAUCAGCACCCAAGGAACUUGCAGAUGCACCAGAAGCAUCAGCAGCAGAGGACCCUUCAGCUGCACCUGAGGAACCAGUGACAAAGGAACUUGCAGCUGCAUCUGAGGAACCAGUGACAAAGGAACCUGAAGCUGCACCAGCAACAGAGGAAUCUGCCGCUGCACCUGAGGAACCAGUGACAAAGGAACUUGCAGCUGCAUCUGAGGAACCAGUGACAAAGGAACCUGAAGCUGCACCAGCAACAGAGGAAUCUGCCGCUGCACCUGAGGAACCAGCUGCUGUACCAACAGCAGAGGAAUCUGCAGCUGCACCAGAGGCACCAGUGACAGAGAAACCUAUGACUGCAACAGAAGAACCAGCCACUGCACCAGAGACACCAGUGACAGAGAAACCAGGAUCUGAGCCACCUGCAGCUUCACCUGAGGAACAUGCAACUUGCCCAGAGGCUGAAGAUUCUGCAGUUGCACUUGAGGAUCCUGCACCUGCGCUAGAAGAGCCUGUAUUGUUGCCUAAAUUUGAAGCUUCGCCAGUGGAACCUGUUAUAGAGGAAGCAGUAGAGAAAGUGGUUGAGGAGGUUGCAAAUACCAGUAAAUUGUCCACCAAAAUUACAGAAACCACUGAGGUCACACCAGAACCAGAGACUGUUACUGAGGCAGCAGCUCCAGAGCCAGUUGCCGAGUCUGCCCCAGUGUCUGAACCUGUUUCCAAGGAAUUGAGUGCAGAGGUUGAGAUGGCUGUGCCUUCCCCAGAGGAACCCACACCAGUCACAGAGCCUGAUUCUGAAACUGCUGCACCCCCUGAGGUUACACUAACACAAGCAAGUCCUGAGCCAUCCCCCGAGGAGCCAACACAACCUGAACCUAUGGCAGAACAAAAGAGUGCAGAAGAGUCCAUUCCCGCAAUUGUUAUCAUAGAAUCAACCUCAAACAAUGAGCUCUGCCUUGAGGAACCUGUCUCGACUAUCACAGAUCUGAAGCUGAAUAAUGGAGAUUGUGAGAGUGCUGGCUCAGCAGAGGAAUCCGUGUCGGCUCCCCCUAAGGUAAACGGGGAAUGCCAUGAGCAGGCACCAGACGUAGCCCCUGCGGAUGUCCUUGAGUCCCCGGUUGAGGCAUGUGUAAAUGGUGUGAAGGACAAAGAACCCCCUCAAGAGCUAAGUGACUGUGAACUGAAAAAGGACUUGAGUUUGGGUGCUGACUUUCAGGGUCCAGCUCCGAUUGGUGACAUGGUAGAAGUGCCACAGUGAGCUGAGCUGUCGACCUAAUUUGAGAAGCAAACCUUAAAUGUGAAUCCCAUAUUGAUGCA